AUGCGUGGAUUAUUAGCUUUGGUGUUUGCCCUGCUGGUGGCGGUUAAUACAGUCAAUUCGGGAGCUAUCUACAGACGUUAUCGUCAACUUGAGCUUCCUUUGAGUGGCCAAAGUGAUGCUGCUCAAUUGUUACCAGCAGAGAAUUAUGUAUCUGAGCUGCGAAAGAAUCAAAUCCCUGUACAAGUGGUUGAGGUUGUCGAGCCAGUCCUAGUCGUGAAACCAGUUGAGAAUCUUCGCAGUGUAGAACCCGUAGUCACUUUGGCUGAAGCUGAACCAGCAGCAGUGAUUUCUAAUGAAAUUAUUCCCGAAAAACUAGAGAAACUCCAGGAGAAUCUUGAAACAGUGCGUGCCAUUGAACAAGCUGUGAUUGCUCAGGAGCAGGAACUUCAACAGCCAAUUGCCGAAACUGUCGUUGCUAUUGCUGAACAAGCUCAAGAACAAGAGCAAGGACAGCAACAGCUACGUAACAUUGAACCUGAAGCACCAGCAGCACCAGCUAUUUUGCUUGUUGAAGAGGCAGUUUUACCCCAAAAGCAGGAAGAACCUCUUGCGGCUCUUCUCGAAAUUGCCGAGAAAAAACUUCCAGAACCGAUUUUGCCAGCUGCCCUCCCAGAAAAACUUCCUGAAGCAAUUCCAGAAGAACUUCCAGCAGUACUUCCAAAACUCCCCGAAGCCCUUCCUGUAAUUCUUGAAAAACAGCCUCUAGCUCCUUUUAUCAAGGAUGAAAAACUUGAAGAAGCCAAACCAUUAGCAGAUGAAUUACCAGCACUGAAGGCCAUCAAAGAAGAAGAACCAGCAAAGGAAAUUAUUCCAGAAGCUUCCGCUGCACAAGAAAUUGCUCUCCCAGCUGCAAUUGAAAAACAAACCGAUUUGAAAUCACUUGAAGAACAAGCUGCUCCAGCUGAGGAACAACCUCAACUUAAGGUACUCAAAGAAGAAGCCCCCCUUAUUGAGACACCAAAAUUGGAAGAAUUACUCCCAGAACGCAAAGAGGAACUUUUGGAAAAGAAAGAAGAAAUCAAAGAAGAGAAGAAGGAAAUCCUCAAAGAAGCUAUCGAAGAGGCAAUCAAGGAGGAAAUCAAAGAAGUGCUCAAGGAAAAAUCCCAACCCGAAAUUCCAUUAGACUCAAAAGACUUGGAAGCCCCAAUUAGUGGAAGACAAGCAGAUACUGCUGAUCCCGCUCCAACAACUGCUCGUCCCGCUCAACCUGGAUUCAUUCAGCAACUUGUUCAGAACACACCACUAGGUCAACUCCUCAACAAUUUCAACGGUGCCAACAACCAAGCUGCCCCCGAACAGAACACUCCAGUGGCUACAGCAGCAACUUUCAUUCAGGCCUUGCAAAAUACAACUUCUCAAAUCACAAAUAGCAUUCAACAGGGCUUCCAACAGCAGUUGCAGUCACUGCAGACAACUUUCACAGGUCAGCAGCCACAGCAAGCAGUAGUUGCGAGUGAUGCUGCCGCCCCCGCUGCCACACCCCGCCCACAAGGUCCUUUCCAAUCGAUUGUGACAUCGUUCCUUGGAGGUAAUGGCCAGGCUCAACAACAAGCUGCCCCAGCACCCGCCCAACAAGGUGGUCCUCUCCAAGGAAUCUUGAAUCUUUUCGGAGGAAAUCGUGUUCCUGCAAGUGCAUCAGCUCCUGCCACAUCAGCUCCUGCCGCAUUACCAGUCAAAGUUGAAGCUGUUCCAGCGGAAGUAGCUGCCCCUGCUGCCGCCGAAGAAAUUAGUCCUGAGUCUGCACGUGACAGUGUCGAAUCUGCCGAUGAUAGUCUAGAGGCAGUAAAGCCCGAUGAAAUUGUCGUCAAUGACGAUGACACACAUGAGUAG